AUGGAGACGGUUGAGAGUUUGGUCCCCCCUCGCGACACAGGGGACAGUGAUCCGGAAUGGGAGAAGCCUGAUGACCACGUUGCCUUGGCCCGUGCUACCUUGGCACACAAUGUCCAUGCCCACGAGGAUGAGACCGCAAACACGGCCCUGGCUUCCUUCACGGCUCUGGAGGUGGAUGACACCAGCAUGGCCCUUCGGCUCCAGGAAAUGGAAGCGGCCAUGUCCCGCCUCCUGGCGAAGGGGGACGAGAUGGUGGCUGUCACUGGACAGGAGGUUCCAACCACAGGUGACUUUGUCCCUGAGGAAGGUGCUCCUGAUGAUCCCAUGGGAAGCGAGGAUGUACCAACCACAGGUGACUUUGUCCCUGAGACAGGAGAAGGUCUUCCACAUCGAGGGCUUCCCGCAGAGGACUUCCCGGGCAUCGGCAAGAAGAGUGCGGACCUGGCACAGCAGUUGACGAAGGAGGAGAUCGCAUCCUUGUUCUCCAAGCUCAAAUCGGAGCAGUGGAAUCGCCCAGCUGUGGAGAGGGUCCUGGAGGUGUAUCAUAUCUACAAGCGCCAGUUGGCCCAGGAGAAGAUGCUGGCUGGGCCCAGGCCAACAGACCAGAAGGAGCUCAGCUUUGCCGACCAGGUGCCUAUGGCCCUGAGGCUUAGCCUGGCUCACACGGUGGCAACCCAACCCUUUGACGAGGUGACGUUUGCCAACAAGGAGGCGGGAGAAAGACCCCACCUCAGAGACGAUUGGCAGCCGAGCCAGGAGACAAGGGCUUUCCACCCGCAGCUGUCGGCCGCAAUGGACAUCACGAAGAAGAGCUCGGGCCCAGUCGACAAAGACGCCAAGAAGCCCACGGAGGAGGAGUUCCUGGACCACAUCAACCCCCAGCUGGAUGUGAUCGUCGAAAUGCAAGCGGGCGCCCAGAGUGUUGACGAGGCCAAGGGCGCGUCGAUCCUUCGCCAGCUCGACACAGAGAAGCUUCGCUCCCUUCUGAAGCGAAACUACCUCCAGGGCCCCGGGAAUCAGGGAGAGGAGUUUUUCUCUGCACAGACUACCUUGGAAGAGGCCAAGGCCUCUAACAAGCGCAUGCAGGAUGAGGGAUCCCAGCGCUCCCAACUCCUCCGACCUGUGGCCGAUUCUAUCGAUACCUGGGGUACCCAGUUGCGCGCGGCCCUCGAGAUGAACGUUUUCAAUCCGGAGAGCCCGCUCAAGGAGAUGGAGCUUGACGACAUUGAGGCCAUGAAGGAAAGGUACAUGAACACAAAAUUCCUGCUGAAUCAGAGCAGGAAUCCCUUCCCUGCCUCCUUGCUGCAGGAGCUCCCCACCUUGGCUGCUUUGCAGCGUGAGGGCGAACGAGUCGCCCGGGACUCUGGCGAGGGGCUGUCGUCCACAGGUGCCUUUGGCCCUGAGGAGCAGUCCCCGGAGGCAGUUCUGGGAGUUCCAGUGGGCUCGGUCGAGUUCCAGAUCCUGCGCCUCAAACGUAUCAUCGAGUUGCACAUGGGGGAGCAGCGCAUGAUCGGGGGCAAAUGGAAGCAGCUGCCUGGGACCCUCGAGGCCCCUACGUGGGCAAAGCCCCUCCCCGAGGGGGAAAAGCUCAUGCUCGAGAUGAGGACUCACCCCUGCUCCUUCCGACAGCCCUUCUUUGAGCCGAUUGCCCUCACCAUGGAGGAGAUUGAGGCACAGGUUGCAAUGGGCACGAGGCCCCCUUUGAACAAAAUCGGCCCGUUCCAUGCUGAGGGGGAAGGGAAUACCCACUGGCAAAAGGAAGUGCAGACGUGGGACUUGGUCAGCCUCUUCUCCUGCUUUGGCCACACCUACUCGGCCAGGCACCUUUAUGCAGUUUGGAGCCACCUUCCGAUCACUAUCAGGGCCCACAAAAGAGGGGCCAAGAACAAGGAACAGAACCUUCAGCGACGAGCUGACCAUCGCGAAUUGAUGAAGGAGGCCAAAGAGUUUGUGAUUCUGCAUGACCUCCCGGUGCCUACGACGAACCAGGAGUGGAAGCAGUUCUACCGUGAAAUCGGAUCAUUUUUCGCUGCCAAGGUCUUCAUCAACCGCACGCCGCAGGUGGUCCUCGACCUCCCCGUAGCAGACAUCCAUGACUCCAAGCAGCACAUGCGACUGCGAGCCGUAUGUGAUGAAAGGAUCACCCUGCCGUUGAAGGCUUUCCGUGACUUCCCGGAGAUCUACAACUCGCUCUCCCACUCUUUGGGGCAGGACUCGGUGGUGGAGGUCAAGAUGGCGUGGCGUUGCAACACCGUGCAGUGGUGGACAGCCCGCCUCAAGCCGGAGUACGCUGGCCCCGUCUACCGGAAGCUUGGCUACUCGGAGAGCCACAUCAAAGGCCUCGGCUUGGGGAACAUGGACGCCUCAGCUGCCUUUGGCGCUGAAAGGAUCCCUCUGGACCCCGGGUCGGAGCAGGAGCGCUCCCUCCCGCCCAUCACUCCAGACAACGUUUCGAGUGUGGCCUCGGACGACUACAAGAAGAAGAACGUGGGAGACAAGACUGCCCACGUGUUUUGGGCCAAGAUGGAGUGCGGCCUGGUCCUCAGCUCCGUUUCCCCGUGGGAAAUUGUUGACAAGAAGAAGGGUGAGACUCGUGGGGGCUACGUUUGCCGCCACUGCAAAGGAUUCUGGCGAAGUGGCAGAGGGGCCAGCCGUUUCCUUCUCAUCACGGGGGAGCACAAAGGGAAGUCGGCCCAGCUCCAGCUCAUCCUGGACGAGCCCCCCCAGCACCUCUACGAGGCCUGGGUGAAGGACCGGAUUGAGUUUUACAAGAGGGUGGAGCCCACGGCGGCCCCUCGCGAUCGCUCCCUCCGUGUCAACCCCAGCCUCAGCUCCAGGCUCCGGUUCAGCAAGACGAACCUCAUGGGCCAGGUCUCCGACAUGAUCUGGUCGGUGGUGCUCUCCAACCCGGAACGGGAUGGCCUCAAGAAGAUCCAUGAGCUUGCGGCUUCCCGGGUCCGCCCGGCCUGA